AAUUUGUCAAACAUAAGACUCUUAUACGACUACACGCUCUGUGGCUUUUGGCUCUCCCUGUCUUUCUUCCUCGACUUAAGAUAUGGAUAAGGGUAAACGUAAAUUUGAAGAAAGCAAUCGUAUUACUAGAUACUUUUCUAGAGCUGACAAGCAACAAGCCAAUCCUGCUUCCAAUAAUGAGUCUGGUAUCAAUGUGGAGGGAGUUUAUGAAUCAAUGGGAAGGUUUGUUUGCUCAGCAGAAAUUUCUUUUUCAUCUAUAAAAAAGUUGACAAUGAUGAUGAACCCAAGCUUUCCUUUUAGUUAUCUUGAACUAAAACGUAGUUGCUUGAAGGUUUAUCAAGAAGAGAAAGCAAAAGUUGUGCAGACUAUGGAAAAAUUGGACGGGUUGAUUGCCCUGUCGAUGGACAUACUCAGGCGAGACACUUAUGAUUAUUAUAGUCUUGAGCUUCCUGAAGGACGAACAGUUUUUGACUAUUUGUGCUUAAGAGCUCACUUUAUUGAUGAUAACUGGGAACCAAAGUCAUGGGUUAUUUGUUAUAUUGAUACAGACCACAUCUUUAAAAAUGGCGCUGAGAAGACCAUUUUGAAAUGCCUUUCAGAUUUUCACAUUGAGAAAAAGAUAUCCACCAUAACACCCAGAGACAGAUCUGAAUAUGAUGACAUGAUCGAGACUUUGAAGAAUCUCCCUAAUGAGAAGAAAAAGCUACAAAUUAAGUGCCAGCAAUUUGGAAUAUAUUGUUGUUCGAAUCUUUUAUGUCAAAUGGUGGAAGUGGCUUUUGAAGAAAUUGAAGAUAUCAUUGAUAGAUUGUCAGUACGUUCCUCUCAUUGGCAUAUUACAUUAAGCAGUCUACAAGAAGCAAUAGAUUUGGAGGCUAAAGGAAAAUUUUUGGAGCAAUAUCAUUCCGAGCAUGAGGACUUACCCGAUGAGAAAGAAUGGAAGAAACUUAGAUAUGUUUGUAGACUGGUGGCAUACAUAUAUAAUGCAGCAGAAGUAUUGUUCUUCACAAAAAAUCCUACAGCCAGCCUAUAUCUUCAUAAUCUGCAUCAGCUUCAGGCAAGCUUGAGGAAAGAAUCUAUGAGUACUGACAGGUUGGAUCUAGCUACAGAUCUGCUACAGAAGUUUGAUGAGUACUGGAAUGACAUGUUUUUGUUAUUGGCUAUCGCUACUGUGAUGGAUCCGCGCUGUAAGAUGAAAUAUAUAGAAUUUUCCUUUUUGAAGUAUGAUGAUAACUCCGGAAACUCAAAAGUCACAACUAUUCUGGAGGCCAUUCGGGGGAUAUAUGAUGAUUAUAAGAUGCAUAGUACUGAAGCACUGAAAUCUUCGAAACUUUCUGAAUCAAAGCCUUCUGAGUUAAAGCCCCCUGAUCGAGAUUCUGAAGAAGAAACUUUGGAAGAAGAAGAAGAAGAUCUCCCUAUGCAUACACUUGAGAGACUAAAAAACUGCAACUUUGGGUUUAAUUGUAUGGAUGAGUAUAAUGAGUUUAUUAAACCAGGUGAUCAACCCCCAAAGUCUGAACUGGAAUGGUACUUUGAUGAGCCUGUCUUGCCAUGGACGAAGGAUUUCGACUUAAUGAGUUGGUGGAGAACCGAAAGCCCCAAGUAUCCUGUACUGUCCAAGAUGGCGCGCGACCUUUUAGCAAUACCAUUCUCUGUAGCCAGUUCAUAUGAAGCUUUUGUUUACCAGGAUUAUCGAAUGGCUGAUAAAUCUCUUGAUUCGUUAGGACCAGUUCUAAUUAAUGCCUUGGCGUGCACUCGGAGCUAUUCUCCAAAGUACUGAGAUCUGUUGACUUAGUGAGGAAAAGCAAGUCAUUUGGCGGGACUCUGGAGGAUGGAUCAAGAACUAGUUAUUAUUAUGUGUGACUAAAUCAGAACUCGGGUGUUUUGUCGUGAAUUUUAUGUCUAUUAGUCUGCAUGGUAUUUAGUUUUCUUUGGCCUGAUAAACCUGGAGUAUGGUAUUUUAUUUGCUUUGAGUGUCUUGGCACUUAACAGACAUCUUAAGCUUAUGCAUCUUGGUUUCAAGGUCUUGUGCAUCACAGACUGUCUUUGAAAAUAGUUUCGAUUAAAUCCGUGGCUUCUAGCAAUAA